GUCUGGGCGAGCCUCCGUCAGGGAGCGCAUCCUUUUCUUCCGUGGAGGCGUCCGGGGUCGUGAGGCUGGAGCUUGUUUUCUCCUCCUCCACUAGAGACGGAUGUGGCUGAAUGCCCGUCUCUGGGCAGCCGCGCCUAGAGGAGGGCGGUGGCCCAAGGUCCCACGUAAGGGCUUCCCAGGGGCACCUGGCGGGCCACUGGAGGAAACCAGAUGCUGGACUGGUUUGGUCCAAAGGGACGCUUCUGUGUUCUUCAUCUGAAGGUUCUGGUUAGCAACUGGUUUUACUGGGGAAGGCGUUUAAGGCUGAGAAAAAUAUGAUGAGUCUAGAUGAGCAGCAAGUUCCCCCAAUGGUCAGCAGCACAUUACUGAGUUCAGAAGGUGCCAAAGAACAACUCAUACAAGAUUGUGAAGAAUUGUGGAAACAAAUGGAAGAGUGUCAGAACAGAUUAACACUUCAAGAAACAGAAACACUUUCAGAUUCAGAUCCCAAGCUUUCCUUGUUAAUGAAAAGGGUGAAGGCUCUUUCAGCGGAGCUUUACCAAUGGCAGAAGAGAAAACCAGACGUACUUCCCGUGAAUCCAGACGUUCUGACAGCAUUAGGAAGACACCAGUUGCAGGAAGUAGACCAGGAUCUUGAAAUGGUGCUAUCGACAAUUCAAGCAAAGAACGAAAAAUUGAAGCAAGACUUAGUAAGGGAACAGCAAUGGUUGGAGGAACAGCAACAGCUAAUGGACUGCCUCAAUCAAACAGAGGAAGAAAAUCGCAAUCAAGUUGUAGAGUUUUCUGAAGAAAGAGCCUUUCAAGAAAUCAAAACCAAAAUGCUGAAAAUAAAAACGUAUAAGGAUAAGAUCUUGACUGCUCUGGGCGAGUUCCUUGAAGAACAUUUUCCUCUCCCUGAUGAUGGAACUACAAGAAAGAAAAGACAUUCAUCUAAAGAGCCAGAUGUACAACUAAUAUCAUUACAUGAAAUUUUAGAGAGCCUUAUCCACAAAUUUAGUAACACACCACAUGAUCCAUAUGUAUCAAUCACCACUUCAUUCUGGGCUCCUUAUAUUGAACUUCUGCUGCGAAAUGGCAUUGCAUUAAGACAUCCAGAAGAUCCAAACAGAAUACGUCUAGAAAAUUUCACUAAUAGCAAUAUAUCGUAAGAUGGAAGUCAUCGCCUGAUCAGUAAAAUAAAGUUAAUUAGAAGGGGUGUAGCUGCUUGCUUCAGCUUGAGAAGAUAGCACUUCUGCUGCUACAGAUCUUUCAUGCAGGUUCUCAUAAUGUUUCUGUAAUGUUGGAACUACAGCGCUCUAUUUCAAUGUGAGAGUUUAAUUAGUUCUUUGUUACUUUUACUACUAUUAGCAAAUAAUAUUUUAUCCUGAAAACCAUCCAGACCAUUAAAAUAAGAAACAAACCUAGGAUUAUAGGUGUAUUUUAGACUGAUGGUUCAUUUGCCUGUAGCUCUCCAACUAACUUCUUUUCCAUCAACUCUCAGACUCCAGCAUUACCUUAAGAGAAUGCUGAAGUAGAAAAAAUGGUAUUUAUUCCUGGGAUGGUAUGCUGAGAAAAAGAAAACAGAAUUUUGUAUUUCCAAGUCACCAGGGAUACGUGCAAUUCUGUGAAAGAAAGGCAAGGGAAACCUUUUGGAGAUCUGCAGUCAGAAUUUGUAAGAUAAUCUGUUUCAGAGUUACCUUUACCAACUUGCUGUCUGCCCCCUUCCCCACCCCCAGUUCCAAGACCUUUGCAAGAGUGAACCUUUAGUAUUGUUUCCAUGGAAGUGGUCUAUGAUGAAAUUGUUGUGCCAGAUUUACCUUUUAAAUAAAUUAAGUAGGAAAUAUUCAAA